AUGCCUACCAUCCAUUCAACCAUGUUUUCCAACGAGCAUGGCUCGGAUGGCAAGUACUGCUUGUGUACUGAGAAGCCCAUCGUCGAUGGCGAUGUAACGUCUGAGAAGGGUUUUACCAACCUACGUACUACGCUUGUCAGUACUAAACGUACAUGGAAGAAGUAG